CUACUGGCUAGACCGACCACUGUACUCAACAGCUGACCGUGAAGUUUGCGUGCAUCCCUGAUAUCACAACAGAAGAAGAAUUCAAUUAUAGACUACGUUAUCGCUACUAGGCUAUGUGUUAUCUUAAAUUAAUACCAUGCAGUAAAGAACCACACAGUAUGGCAUAGUUGAACCAUGACAGUGACGGCUGGCUAGACAUCUGUGUUCAGUUUAUGGCAGUUGGAAUGGAGAUUCAUCCCCCAUGGCCACGAUUCAUUCAAGAGACCCACAUCAGAGUUGACCUUCUGAGUUAUUUGAACCGGAAUACAGCAGGAAGGCCCAGCAUAUAAGAUGGGAAAUCCUCAGUGAGAUCGUAGGCCUUUGCCUCAGAGACAACUGUCUGCCACCAUGACAACCAGCCGCUGCUCUUUGUUGCCGGAGGUGCUACAGGAGCGGUUGGACAGUGGCCCCUCAGGAUACUUGCGUGACAAGGACUGUAAUCCAAUGUGUGAUGUGGAUUUCUUAGUAGAGCCCACCCUACCAGGAAAAACAAUGGAGGAUAUGAGCAGUCCAGCAAUCAGACAGCCGGAGUAUUACAUGCAAGUGCCUGCCAAGGAUGGUCAGCUGCUCCCACCUGUAGUGGAGGCAUUCGCCAAACAGAGUCUUCUCUCUGAGAGGCCAAUGUGUCGUAUCUGCCAUGACGGAGGGGGCCAGGAAGAGCUGAUAUCCCCCUGCGAGUGUUCAGGCACCCUGGGGACCAUCCACCGGAGCUGCCUGGAGCACUGGCUCUCGUCCUCCGGCACCAGCUUCUGUGAGCUCUGCCACUACCAGUUCAAUGUCCAGAGGAAGUCUCGGCCACUGCUGGAGUGGAUGCGUAACCCAGGCCUACGUCAGGAGAAACGGACCCUCUUUGGGGAUAUGGUGUGCUUCCUGCUCAUCACACCCCUGGCCACCAUCUCUGGCUGGCUGUGUCUGCGGGGAGCAGUGGAUCACCUGCACUUUGCCAGCCGGCUAGAGGCCGUGGGUCUCAUUGCUCUCACUGUGGCCCUUUUCACAAUUUACCUAUUCUGGACACUGGUGUCUCUCAGGUAUCACUGUCGGCUGUAUAACGAGUGGCGACAAACCAAUCAACGGGUUGUCCUCCUCCUCCCUAAGUCGAACGGUGAAGCCAUUGCCCCGCUGUCUUUACGGGGCCCGCCCUGUGAGAAACGGCCAUCUAAAGAGACCAUAGUCUGAUGGCCCCCAACAUUUAGUCUCCUCAGAAGAGUUAAUGUACAAACUGUACGUAAAGAUGUUGGUUCCUUUCACCCUAGACGAGGGCACAGAGGGCACACUUAAAAAAGUGCCACAAUGAAAUGUGCCAAAUUUCCUGUCUAAGUGGCAUUGAGCCAUGAAGAACUGAUAAUCUCAGCAGCACACCUAUGGAUCCGACUGGUUUCUGUUUUUAUUUUGAAGAACCCCCCCCACCCCCAAGAUUCAUUGGCUUUUCUCGGUUUCAACCCAUCUUAAAAUCAACAAACCAAGGAGGUGGACAACUUUCUGUGAUCAAGUGCUGUAACUCUCGAUUCCCGUAAUGUGUAGAAGAGUUAGUCCUGUUAUUGUGACAUCUUCAGACCUCCAUGAUAUCAACAUUGUUGUUUUCAAUGUUAAAAGGGCAUUUAAUUACUAUUUACUCAAUAGUACAUAACAGAUUAAAUAAAAACACAUUGUACUUGAAGUGUAUAAACAUUUGAUAUAAAGCCUUUUGUUCAAGUACUUGAAAUAGUUUGCACUCUUAACUAAACCAAACAUGUAUGUGGGUCUUUGUGCCUCAAACUAGUUUGAAAAAAAGGGCCCCUGCAGUUGCUGCAUGGAUAGGCAGAUGUACACUAACAGUUGAUUUUAAAGCAAAGUUGAGAAAGCGUUUAAUAGUUCGGAAAAUGUAUGAACAAAAUUUCAAUCAAUUUAUGAUGACAAACAAAGGUACAUCAUAAAUGUAAUCACAAAUAAGCAUUGUAGUUGUCUUGACAUGACAGUCUUCUAAUUUGUCUGUUGUUGCGUGUAGUCUAUCUUUGGUCAUGGACUGAAUACUUACUGCUUUACAGAGUGGAUGUGCACUUAUUUUGUCUUGUUCUAGAAAUGGUCAUUGUGUAGCUUAGCAAACUCUUCAGACAAUGUUCAUAAGGGGCCAAACCACUGUAACUUAGCUUGAACUACCUUUUAAAUACACUGUUACUGUUGAAGAAACCAAAUUCAAAACAUUGCAUUCUACCAGAUCUCUAUAACUCAGAUUUUUUUGUUUUUAUUUUAUGACUGUUGGAGCACUUAACAAUUCAUAUUUAUGUUUUUCAACACGUUUUGUUUAAAUAUUACUUUUGACUGUCAAAUUAACAGAUUAAAGUUUUGGUGAUUAUCCCUUC